CUGUUAGCAAGAGGACAGGCUCGAUCAAAUGGACUUUAAAAGAAGAUCCGGUUCUGCAGGUUCCAACACAUGUGGAAGAGAAGCCACGGACUGGAGACCAUCAUCCAUCUCCUUGGCAUGUUUUCUCUGAUGUCAAGCUUUCAGAGUCACUUUUAUUGCUUCCAGUUUAAAAAUAAAUGUUUGUUGAACACUAAAGGUAGAUUUGUCCUACCUGUUUAUGUACUGUUCCAUGCUAUUAAAUAUUAAUUGUUGAAGUUCUAUACACAAUUGACUUAGAAACUGAAAAGCAGACUUACUGGGUCCUUUUUCACUUAUUUAUCAUCAUCCAGAGUGCUUUGACCAAAUGAUGAUUUACUCUUCUAUGGUUUUUUACUUUUUUUUUUCUUGCAGGUUGCUUUUUUCUGCUCAAAUAUAGCCUAUCACCAUAGGGAUAUUUUAUUUGUGGCUAAAAGUGAAAGAGCGGCCUGCCUUCCUCCCAGAUCCCAAUGAUGGCAGCCUGUAUACGCUUGGGGGCAAGAAUAAUGAAGGCCUGACGAAACUUCCUUUUACCAUCCCAGAGUUGGUACAGGCAUCCCCAUGCCGAAGUUCAGACGGAAUUCUCUACAUGGGUAAAAAGCAGGACAUUUGGUACGUUAUCGACCUUCUGACCGGGGAGAAGCAGCAGACUCUGUCAUCGGCCUUUGCAGACAGCCUCUGCCCAUCUACCUCUCUGCUUUAUCUCGGGCGAACGGAGUACACCAUCACCAUGUACGACACCAAAACCCGUGAGCUCCGGUGGAACGCCACCUACUUUGACUAUGCAGCCUCUCUGCCCGAGGACGACGGGGACUAUAAGAUGUCCCACUUUGUGUCCAACGGCGACGGGCUGGUGGUGACCGUGGACAGUGAAUCCGGCGACGUCCUGUGGAUCCAAAACUACGCUUCCCCCGUGGUGGCCUUUUAUGUCUGGCAGAGGGAGGGUCUGAAGAAGGUGAUGCACAUCAACGUUGCCGUGGAGACCCUGCGCUACCUGACCUUCAUGUCUGGGGAGGUGGGCCGCAUCACCAAGUGGAAGUACCCGUUCCCCAAGGAGACAGAGGCCAAGAGCAAGCUGACGCCCACCCUGUAUGUUGGGAAAUACUCUACCAGCCUGUAUGCCUCCCCCUCCAUGGUUCACGAGGGGGUCGCCGUUGUGCCCCGAGGCAGCACUCUUCCUUUGCUGGAAGGCCCCCAGACCGACGGGGUCACCAUUGGGGACAAAGGGGAGUGUGUGAUCACGCCCAGCACAGACCUCAAGUUUGACCCUGGGCUCAAAGGGAAGAACAAGCUCAAUUACCUGAGGAACUACUGGCUUCUAAUUGGACACCAUGAAACCCCCCUGUCUGCGUCUACCAAGAUGCUGGAGAGAUUCCCCAACAACCUGCCCAAACAUCGGGAAAACGUGAUUCCUGCCGAUUCAGAGAAGAAGAGCUUUGAGGAAGUUAUCAACCUGGUUGACCAGACUUCAGAAAACGCGCCUACCACCGUUUCACAGGAUGUGGAAGAGAAAUACGAGCAUGCACCUGCCAAGCCCGAGGCCCCCGUGGACUCCAUGCUCAAGGACAUUGCCACCAUCAUCCUGAGCACCUUCCUGCUCAUCGGCUGGGUGGCCUUCAUCAUCACCUACCCCUUGAGCAUGCAUCAGCAGCAGCAGCUCCAGCACCAGCAGUUCCAGAAGGAACUAGAGAAAAUCCAGCUCCUGCAACAGCAGCUGCCCUUCCAUCCACCUGGAGACAUGGCUCAGGAUGCUGAGCUCUUGGACUCGUCCGGCCUAUACUCCGAGAGCUCGGGUACCAGCAGCCCCAGCACGUCCCCUAGAGCCUCCAACCACUCGCUGCACUCCACUGGCUCGGCCUCCAAGGCUGGCACCAGCCCCUUCCUGGAGCAGGACGAUGAGGAUGAGGAAACCAGCAUGGUGAUAGUUGGGAAGAUUUCAUUCUGUCCCAAGGACGUGCUGGGUCACGGAGCUGAGGGUACGAUUGUGUACCGGGGCAUGUUUGACAACCGUGACGUGGCUGUCAAGAGGAUCCUCCCUGAGUGUUUCAGUUUCGCGGACCGCGAAGUCCAGCUACUUCGAGAAUCGGAUGAGCACCCCAACGUGAUCCGUUACUUCUGCACAGAGAGGGACCGGCAGUUCCAGUACAUUGCCAUCGAGUUGUGUGCGGCCACCCUGCAGGAGUACGUGGAGCAGAAGGACUUUGCCCACCUCGGCCUGGAGCCCAUCACCUUGCUGCAGCAGACCACCUCAGGCCUGGCCCAUCUGCACUCCCUCAACAUUGUUCAUAGAGACCUGAAGCCCCACAACAUUCUCCUCUCCAUGCCCAACGCGCAUGGCAGGACCAAGGCCAUGAUCUCGGACUUCGGCCUCUGCAAGAAGCUGGCGGUAGGCCGGCACAGUUUCAGCCGCCGCUCAGGAGUGCCGGGCACGGAAGGCUGGAUCGCUCCAGAGAUGUUGAGCGAAGACUGCAAGGACAACCCGACCUACACAGUGGACAUCUUCUCUGCAGGCUGUGUCUUUUACUAUGUGAUCUCGGAAGGCAGCCACCCUUUUGGCAAGUCCCUGCAGCGGCAGGCCAACAUCCUCCUGGGUGCCUACAGCCUCGACUGCUUGCACCCCGAGAAGCACGAAGAUGUCAUUGCCCGGGAAUUAAUAGAGAAGAUGAUCGCAAUGGAUCCUCAGAAACGCCCGUCCGCGAAGCACGUGCUGAAACAUCCGUUCUUCUGGAGCCUGGAAAAGCAGCUGCAGUUCUUUCAGGACGUGAGUGACCGAAUAGAAAAGGAGUCCCUGGAUGGCCCGAUAGUGAAGCAGCUGGAGCGAGGCGGGAGAGCUGUGGUGAAGAUGGACUGGAGGGAGAACAUCACCGUCCCCCUGCAAACAGAUCUGCGGAAAUUCAGAACCUAUAAAGGUGGCUCCGUUCGAGACCUCCUCCGAGCCAUGAGAAACAAGAAGCACCACUACCGGGAGCUCCCCACGGAGGUGCGGGAGACGCUGGGUUCCCUCCCUGACGACUUCGUGCGCUACUUCACGUCCCGCUUCCCCUACCUCCUCUCCCACACCUACCGGGCCAUGGAGCCGUGUGGCCACGAGCGGCUCUUCCAGCCCUACUACUUCCACGAGCCCCCAGAGCCCCGGCCUCCAGUGACUCCAGACACCCUUUGAGCCAGGGUGGUCCUCCGUUCUGGUGGCCCCAGCUGUGACUGUGGGCCUGGUCUCUACAAGCCCGAGCCUGACGCCUCCCAGCUUGGCAAGGAGACCAGGCUCCCCAAACCAAGUGCCUUGAGCUGUCCACAGUGCAGCCAGCAGGGGAUGAUGCCGACCCCAGGAAGCAGGAACCAUGACCCGUUCUGACCUGUAGGGAGCUGGGAAGAUGUUGACCACGAAAGUUCAGCAGUCGGGGGUCCUCUGCCAAGGAGGGCCCAUUCCAGAGGCAGCAACAGAAGCAUCCUCCGCCUUCUCCUGGAUGCACUUGCUUCAGACCUACACUUUUUUUUUUCCAACUUCCUGUUUGAUGUCAGCCUGUGGGCCUAUAAGGAAGAGAGAGGAGGGAAUCCCACGUUUUGCCUGUGUCCAGGACCAGGAGCAUCUCUCUCCCUGGCCAGCGAGCCUAAGAAGCACUAAGCGCAGCUUCUGCUUGAAGUGGGGCUCCAGAGGUGAGGGGUGUUAU